AGGCGCAGUUCAAUUGAACACCGCGUACUUGUUUUAGUUAACAUUCAUUUCACAUCUCUUAAAUAAGUGCAGUGCCUUAAUUUUGACAUUAUCGAUUAUAUCGAUAUCAUACUUAUAAUUAGAAUCGUUAAGAACAUUGUUUUUUUCUUUUUUAAAUUUAGUGAUGUAAUUGUUAUCAUUGUUUAUUAUUAAUCUUGUACGAAAAGUGGUUUCAGUAAUUUUUUCAAAAAAAUAUGAUUCCCUGGUCUAUCAGCUAGGCCGUAUGGAGGCGUGGCCGGGAUGAUGUAGCUAUGCCACGGCGCAGGCGCAGGCUCGGCUCGCGCGUACGAAACUACGUCAGGGGUUUGUUGGCCUUCCUCUUCUCCAAUGUUGGCGUCGUUGUGUUGGUCGUGGCUUAUACGAUAGCUGGUGCGUUCAUGUUUCAAGCGAUAGAAGGUGCGAGCGAGAUGGAAAGAGUCAACAAUAUGUCGAGGGAGAGGGACAACACUGCCCAGUAUCUGUGGCAAAAUGUGACGUUGACACUUAAUUUGUUUAACGAGACUGCUCUUAAGGAAAGCAUAAGCAAGGAGCUCCAGCAUUAUCAACGGAAGAUUGUGGUAGCAGUACGUCGUGGUUGGGACGGCGGGCGCUCAUCGAGGCAAUGGAGUUUUUCUUCGGCUUUCUUAUAUUCUCUUACCGUUAUAACCACGAUAGGCUAUGGGCAUCUCAGUCCUCGUACGAGCUGGGGUAAGAUAAUGACGAUAUUCUAUGCUCUCCUGGGGAUGCCUUUGUUCCUGCUGUACCUCAGUAAUGUUGGAGAGUUGUUAGCUAGUUGGUUCAAGUGUAUAUACGCGUUAGUGUGUCUCUGCAGAGGCUGUCCAGGAUUCUCGAGGAGACGAGUGGUUCAUCUGCGACCGCAGUUAGAAAUAAGUGAUGCGGAGAGUAUAGAAAGACCACCAGGCUGGAGAUCUGGUAACUCUGAUUCUGAUGUCACGCCGGAGUACAGGAUACCAUCGCGACCUCCGGAUUAUUUCCAAAGACGAGCUUACUUGAGGAGUGUUUCGAUGCCGCAACCAUACUUGCCACGUCCUCGUCCUGAUGUCCGCGGCUGGUCGGAGCCGGUCUACCGGGACAGUUCGGACACGAGUGACUUCAGUUACGUCACUUUCGAUGCUCAAACCAUCACCGUUCCUAUCAGUGUGUGUGUGGCUAUUAUGGUGGGGUAUUUAAUGUUCGGAUCUAUGAUAUUCGGUCUAUGGGAGAAGUGGGACAAAUUAGAUGGCGCUUACUUCUGCUUCAUAUCUCUCAGCAGUAUCGGUUUCGGCGAUUUCGUGCCAGGAGAACGAGUGUACACACCUCGUAUAGAGACCUCGUUCAUCGUGUGCUCCCUGUACCUCAUGCUGGGUAUGGCGUUGGUCGCCAUGUGUUUUAAUCUCAUGCAGGAGCAAGUAAUUCACUACUAUGCUGGUCUAAAGAGAGCUCUUAAACGAAUCUGCAGAUGCAAGAGAUGACGUCACAUCUUCAUUUAAAUAGUUAAAACAUUAAACAAUAUAUUAAAAUAAAAUAUAACUAUUAUUAAGGAAAUAUGAUUAGUUUAAAAGUUACCUAUGUAUUUUAAUAUUUUAUACAAAUGUUCAUUAAGUAUGAAAAUUUAAAUAAAUAUGGCAAGAGG